GACCCAGACGGAGAGAGAGAGGGAGAAAAAAAAAGCGCCGCACGCAGCACGCAGGCGCCAUGCCCCCUCAGUUGCGCUUCCCCACCGUCCUCCCCAACCUAUACUCCCACCUCCUCCUCCCCCGCUCCCUCCCCUCUCGCCGUCUCCGCCUGCCGCCGCCCCCGACCCCGCACCACCCGCUCCGCCGCCUGCUCUUCCGAGGCAUGGCCUCCUCCGCCACCGGCGAGGCCGCGCCGGCCGCCGGGACGAGCGGCGCCGGAGAGGCCUCCGCCCGCCCGCGCCGCGCGCUGGAGGAGCUCGCGUGGGACGAGACCUUCGUCCGCGAGCUGCCCGGCGACCCGCGAUCCGACAACAUCCCCCGCCAGGUGCUGCACGCUUGUUACACCAAGGUGUCUCCCUCGGCGCCCGUGGAGAACCCUAAGCUCGUGGCGUGGUCCGAAUCCGUGGCUGACCUCCUCGAUCUGGAUCACAAAGAGUUUGAAAGGCCUGAUUUUCCUCGGUUCUUCUCAGGAGAAACUCCGUUGGUGGGAAGUGUGCCUUAUGCCCAGUGUUACGGUGGACACCAGUUUGGUUCAUGGGCUGGUCAGUUGGGGGAUGGACGAGCAAUAACUCUCGGAGAGGUUCUCAAUUCUCGAGGUGAGAGGUGGGAGUUGCAGCUCAAGGGUGCUGGAAAGACUCCUUACAGCCGAUUUGCAGAUGGCCUCGCUGUCCUGCGCAGCAGCAUCCGUGAAUUCUUAUGCAGUGAAGCUAUGCAUGGUCUAGGCAUUCCUACAACUCGUGCUCUUUGUCUAGUUGAAACUGGCAAAUCUGUUGUGCGAGAUAUGUUCUAUGAUGGUAAUGCAAAAGAGGAGCCAGGUGCAAUUGUUUGCCGUGUAGCACCAUCGUUUUUACGUUUUGGUUCAUACCAGUUACAUGCUACAAGGGGCAAAGAGGACCUGGAAAUUGUUCGUCGUUUGGCAGACUACACAAUACGUCAUCACUACCCACAUCUUGAAAAUAUUAAAAAGAGUGAAGGUUUAUCUUUUGAGGCAGCUAUGGGAGACACUCCAGCAAUAGAUCUUACUUCCAACAAAUAUGCUGCCUGGGCAGUUGAGGUUGCAGAGCAUACUGCUUACUUGAUAGCCAGGUGGCAAGGUGUUGGUUUCACCCAUGGUGUGCUUAACACUGAUAAUAUGAGUGUGUUGGGCCUAACUAUUGAUUAUGGACCCUUUGGUUUCUUAGAUGCUUUUGAUCCUAGCUUUACUCCGAAUACAACUGAUCUCCCAGGUAAGAGAUACUGUUUUGCAAAUCAACCUGAUGUUGGUUUGUGGAAUAUUGCCCAGUUCACUGGGCCAUUGUCGGCUGCGGAUCUUAUCAGCAAGGAUGAAGCAAAUUAUGUAAUGGAGAGGUAUGGGACAAAAUUCAUGGAUGAAUAUCAAUCUAUAAUGACAAAGAAACUUGGUCUGUCAAAAUAUAACAAGCAGCUUAUUAGCAAGCUGCUGAACAACUUGGCUGUCGAUAAAGUUGACUAUACAAAUUUUUUCCGUCUUCUUUCGAAUGUCAAAGCAGACCGUGACAUCCCAGAAACUGAGCUACUAGUUCCAAUAAAAGCUGCACUCCUGGAUAUUGGGAAAGAAAGAAAGGAAGCAUGGAUUAGUUGGGUACAAACAUAUAUUGAGGAGCUGGUGGCUAGCGGCGUCUCGGAUGAAGAAAGGAAAGCCACAAUGAACCGUGUUAACCCAAAGUAUGUUCUUCGGAACUAUCUUUGCCAGACAGCGAUUGACGCAGCUGAUCUAGGUGAUUACGAGGAAGUUCGCCGGCUAUUGAAAGUUAUGGAACAUCCAUAUGACGAGCAGCCGGGAAUGGAGAAAUACGCCCGCUUGCCACCGGCCUGGGCAUACAGGCCUGGGGUGUGCAUGCUAUCCUGCUCGUCAUGAGCCACAUCCAGCUAUGACCGAUAUACAGUGUUGUAUACUUUUUGGUUGUAUAGGAGGUUUACCCUGUAAUAUGUAAGUGUUCCGAGCGCCGCAUUGUUUUAUUACUGUGGCGCGAUGUCCGAAACUUAGUCAUGUUGUUUGUUGCCUUGACUUUGAGUAGCAGAACGUUCAGCCGUUCAGGAGUAGUUGGGAAAUGAAGCGCUCCAUACCUAAAGUUUCUGAGACGGUAAUGUUAUCAGUGGAAAACCCUUGUGUUGGAUA